AUGACCACAUUUCAUAUCUCCCUACAUUCAACACGUAAAUUUGUCUUUGCACUGAUUCCUGUCCUCUCAAACUGUAUGAUCUGCGAAGCUGCAUUAUUGACGUAUGUAUGGGCCAAUGCUCUAUCUUCCUUAUGGAUAAUGCCUUCUCCUGCUGGUAUUGUUGCUGGGAUAAGUGCUCGCAUGAAUGAGACUGCUUCUGAUGAAACCAGAAGUGUCAGAAAAGUAGCAUACUGCUUCAUUGCACCAUACUGCUUCAUUACAUUUGAAGGAGGGCCUAGGAUGUGUCCAGGAUAUGAAUUUGCAAGAAUAGAAGCCCUUGUUACAAUUCACAAUCUGAUCGCUCGAUAUAAAUGGAAGUUGUGUGCAGGUAGUUCUUUCAGUCGGCUUCCAGUGCUCAUGCCAUCUCAAGGAUUACCAGACCAAGUCCUGCCAAAGAAAUAA